GCACCGGCGGUGACCGGUUUCGUUUUAUUUUAGCUGAGCUGUCGAAGGCAUCCGGUUGUGGCAUUCUCCCCGCGGAUCAUCGCCGCGAUCAUCGCACUUGCCGGGACCGAUCAAGAGAGACACUCGAUAAAGGAAGAGUGCGAAGCCGCGCGUCACGAUGGAGGCGAUCAAGAAGAAAAUCGCGGCGCUGAAGCUGGAGAUGGACGCCGCGAACGAGAAGGUCGAAGUCAACGAGACGAAAGCGAAGCAGGAGAACGUGAGAGCCGACAGGCUCGACGACGACCGCGGCGACCUGCAGAAGCGGUUGGCCCAGUUGGAGCGCGAUUCCACUAUCUUCAAGGCAAAUCUGGAACAAUCCACCGCCGAUCUGGAGCAAUGUGAGAAAUCCUGGUCCAGAGCGGAGCAAGACCGGACCGUUCUGACGAAGAGGGUGCAGGAGAUCGAGGCGAGUCUACACAAGAAAGAAGAACUGCGCCUCUCCGCGCAACAGAAGCUGGCACGCGCGACCGAACUGGCGGACGAUGCGCAAAGAAUGUGUAAUGUCCUGGCGGACAGGAGUCGCCUGGACGAGGAGCGCAUGGAGAAGCUCAUGUCGGAGUUGAAGGACGCGAGACUGAUCGCCGAGGACGCCGACUCCAAGUCCGACGAGAUCUCCAGGAAGCUGCAGUUCGUCGAGGAGGAGCUGGAGGCCGCGGAGGAGCGGGUGAAGACCAGCGAGGCUAAAAUCGUGGAGCGCGAGGACGAGCUCUUCAUCGUGCAGAACAUCGUCAAGUCUCUCGAAGUGUCCGAGGAGAAGGCGAAUCAACGAGUGGAAGAUUUCAAGGUGCAGCUGAAAUCCCAGAAGAAGAAGUUGAAAGAGGCGGAGAAGCGCGCGAUCACCGCUGAGAGGACGGUGAAGGAGUUGCUGAAGGAGGUGGACACGAAGGAAGACGAGCUCAGAGAAGAGAAGGAGAAGUACAAGGCGGUCUGCGACGACAUGGACGCGACGUAUGCCGAGAUGACAGGAUAUUAGAGUCCCAGGAUACGGAUUCCUCGGGCUGACUCCUCGCCGCUCUCCUCCUCGCUUCUCUCCGCUUAUUCGCUAUCCGUAUCCAUGCGCGCUCAGGCUGCUCGGCUGUGCCACCACCAUUCGUUCGCCGCGAGGUGCCAUAAGCGGCAGUAGAAAUAACUCGCUUCGUGCGGACCGCGCAAUAACGCGACUGACGGACAAGGCACGCGAUGUGCAUCCCCGGUUCGCUUGCUAUAACCGCCUCGCUUCGUUUAACACCUUGCCAAGAGCGGCGGACCAGUAUGGCACAACUGGUUCACGGUCGCUCGUGGUAGCACUCCUUGUCGAUCGAGCACUGACGAUUUCGUCCGUUUCUCUUUUCUUUCAGAGACGUCGGAGGGACGACGCGAACCUCGCCCCGACAUCGCGCGAUCUUUUUAUCGUUCUAUGUGAAUUCUGUAUUUUCAA